AAUAUGAAAUAUAUUUGACUGAUAUAGCACCAUAUUUCAUAGGUAAAAUUAAAUAAUAUUUGAGCAUUUUAUCUCUAGUAACUAUACACCGACUCGUUUAAAUAAAACGUUUAAAUCUAGUUUUGUUAACGGUAUGCGUAUUAUAAAUAUGCAGGAUCGAUAUUAUGAAAUAAGGUGAUAUAUAAACGUAUAUACGUAGAAUUUACUAUUCGUGUGUCUUCCAGGAAGGAAAUUAGAAUGUGCGAUGUUUAAACGAAUUUGUUUACAAGUAACUAGGGAAGUAAAUUGUGUCUUUUCAAAAACAAGACGGAUUUUGAACGUCUUUCAUUGAGGUGAAUCUUAAGAAAAAUAAUAAAAGCAGGAAUGAGUGCUGUCAAGCCAAAGGCCAAUAACCAGGGCAAAAAAGUCGUCAAAAUUAAUGACAAAAAUAGCGCGUCAUCAAGUACGUCUACACCGAAACAAAGUGAGAAAAUAAAAAAGCUUCAAGAUGAGAUCACGGAACUUAAGGCAAAGCUAAAUAUGUAUCAAUAUCACAUGGACCCAAUCAAGCUUGAGGAAAAGUUUGGCAUACCGGAAGAUAGUUUGGUCAAUAUGUUAAGAAAUGAAAAUGCGGAAUUGAGAAUGGAGCUGGCCAAGUUCACUUCUGGAAUUACUAUCAAGAGGUUAUUUCACAAUUUUAUUAUCUACAGAAGGAAAAAGACAUUACAUAACUUUUCUUUCUUGUUUAACACAUUAACUAGUCCCUUGCCAAAAUAAACAGAGGGGACUUUAGGUUUACUCUUUAUCUGUCUUGAGUUUCUGUCUGACCGUCCGUAAACAUAACUGGAUCAGUAAUUUCGCAAAAAUUACAGAAAAUAUUUUUUUGAAAGGUAAAUGGUAGUCUGGAAAUUAUGCACGUCUUUUUAGCUCACCUGAGCUUGCUCAGGGUGAGCUUUUAGGAUCGUUGAAUGUCCGUCGUCUGUCGUCCGUCCACACUUGUUCGUUAACACUCUAACGGUCACAUUUUUGCCUCAAUCAUCAUCAAACUUUGUCAGGAUGCUUAUCUAGUUGAUAGUUCGGA